AUGGUACCACCAAAGCAAGCGACGAUUAUGUCGUUUUUCGCCAAAAAGCCUGCAGGCACUGCCGUCAAGACCCCCAAAUCAAAAGAGUCGGUGUCGCCGGCUGGCAGUGGAUUGCCUCCUAACAAUGUAGCCUCUCCUACCCCGUCAGCGCGAGGAUCUGCAUCUCUGGGGUCCAGCUCGGCCUGGUUGCAGACCCCAGACAGUUCUCGUACAAAUAUCUCGUCGGAUGUUCCAAGCAGUCCUGCCCCAAAUAAGCGUUUGCUCGCAAUUGACUCAGAUAGCGAGGACGAUGCCAUGGAGGUAGAUCCCAGCGAGCACGAGUUUGACGAUUCACAAGAUGAAUAUAAACCAAACGGGAGCGACCAUGAUGAUGAUGAUGAUGAUGAAGAAGAAGAAGAGGUGGAUCAUGAUGCCUCGGAUGAGGAAAUGCAGACCAGUUUGCUGUCACCGCAAAAAAAGGCCAAGGUUGGUCCACACUCCACAAACAACUUGGAGAAGUUCCAUGCAAAGUCAGAAUACAAAGCUACCUCAAUUCGGGCCCCACCUCCGAAAAAAAUUCGCCCAUCUACGCCUGAGGAAGAACGAUACAAGUGGCUCGAAGAUGUCAAGGAUGCAGACGGCCACCGCCCAGAUCACCCAGAUUACGACCCACGAACACUGUACAUUCCGUCGUCCGCUUGGUCCAAAUUCACACCGUUUGAAAAGCAGUACUGGGAGAUCAAAUCGAAGCUUUGGAACACAGUGGUAUUUUUCAAAAAGGGUAAAUUCUACGAACUGUACGAAAACGAUGCCGCGAUUGCCCACGAAAAGUUCGAUCUUAAACUGGCUGGCGGCGGAAGAGCUAAUAUGCAGCUCGCUGGUAUUCCAGAAAUGUCAUUUGAUGCGUGGGCGUCUACUUUUAUUGCCAAUGGUUACAAAGUGGCUAAAGUAGAUCAGGUUGAGACCGCUCUCGCCAAGGAAAUGCGUGACCAGACAGCAGCCAAAAAAGAAGAGAAGAUUAUUCGACGUGAACUCAAAUGCGUUCUGACUGCUGGUACACUAACAAAUGAAGCUAUGCUUGUUGAUGAUUUGUCCCGCUACUGCAUGGCCAUCAAGCAGGAUGGCCGACACUUUGCGUCGGUGUUUGUUGAUACUGCAACAGGCGCGUUUGCAUUGACCGAGUUCGAGGAUGACGAAAAUUAUCAUCAUUUCGAAACACUCAUGGCCCAAGUUCGCCCCCGUGAGCUGGUUUUGGAGCGCGGUAACCUCGAUAGAGCCGCAAACCGAAUCAUCAAGAAUAACGUUUCAGUUGAUACCCAGUAUAACGUGCUGAAGCCAAUGGAAGAAUUUUGGGACUAUGAUACAGCAUUGCAGCGGCUUGCCAGAGCCAAAUACUUUGAGGCAGAGAACCUCGACGAUUUCAGCCACUACCCCAAAGUGUUACAAGAUGCAAAGGAGUCCGAACUCCUCAUGUCCGCCCUCGGUGGGCUUCUAUGGUACUUGCAUAGUCUCAAGCUUGAUGAGCAGCUUGUAAAGGUUGGCAAUUUUUCAAAUUACACAGCGCUUAACAAGGGCCAAGGUACCAUGAUACUUGAUGGUCAAUGUUUACAGAAUCUGGAAGUAUUUUCCAACACAUUCGACGGAGGAGCUGAUGGAACAUUGUUCAAGCUUGUCAACAAAUGUGUCACACCCUUCGGUAAAAGAACUUUGCGUGCUUGGGUCUCUCACCCGCUUAGAGAUGUCAAACAAAUUCGAGCUAGGCAGGAUGCUGUACAGCUGCUGUUGGAUCAUGAUGAACUUCGUGAGGCUCUUGAGUCCAGGUUCUUGGGCCUCCCAGAUAUUGAGCGCCUUUUGAGUCGAGUUCAUGCUGGAAGCUUGAUGCCGAAAGAUUUUGCUAGAGUUGUUUCUGGACUUGAGACUAUGGCAAGCUUGUUAGAUUGGAUGCACUCGCAAAAUUUCGGGCUGCCACUUUUAGAUGAACUAUUGGCAAAGGCUCCUGCUAUCAAAGAGAUUCUGCAACCGUGGACCACUGCGUUCGAUCACGAAAAGGCAAAGAACGAAGAUAUUCUUGUGCCGGAACCUGGCGUUGAGGAAGAGUUUGACGCUUCUAACGAGACGAUUCGCGGAUAUGAACAGGAACUUGAAGCACAAAUCAAAGAGUAUAGGAAGCUUCUCAAGUCCCUAGAUGUGUGCUAUCGUGAUUCCGGUAAAGAGAUUUACUUGAUCGAAGUGCCUGCUCGAGUUAAAGUUCCUAACGACUGGCAAAAGAUGUCUAUGACGGCCAAAGUCCAUCGCUAUUACUCUCCAGAGGUUCGGCACCUGGUUCGGCAGUUGCAGGAGGCAAAAGAAACCCACAAGCUAGUUGCUCUGGGGGUUCAGGGCAGGCUCUACGCGAGAUUUAGCGAGAACUAUCGGGAGUGGCUAGCGCUCACCAAGACCGUUGCCCACUUUGACUGUUUGCUGAGCUUGGCACGCACAUCGGCAAACAUGGCGGUUCGUUGUCGUCCGGAAUUCGUGGAAAGCGAAAGGCCGUUAAUCGAGUUUGCAGAGCUACGUCAUCCCUGCAUGCCAAACUUUAUCCCUAACGAUGUGCAUCUCGGAGGAGCAAACAAAAACCUGUCGCUGCUGACCGGCGCGAAUGCGGCAGGAAAGUCUACCGUGCUGCGAAUGACUGGCGCAGCUGUACUUUUGGCUCAGCUUGGGUGCUUUGUGCCUGCCCAAUCUGCUAAAUUAACAGCAUGUGACCGGAUCAUGACACGACUAGGGGCCAGUGACAAUAUAUUUGCUGGAAAAUCGACAUUCCAUGUCGAGCUCAGCGAGACGGAACGAAUUCUCCACGAGGCCACCCCCAACACGCUCGUGGUUUUGGACGAGCUGGGCCGAGGUGGAUCUUCCAGCGACGGCUUGGCCAUUGCAGAAGCGGUUUUGCACCACCUAGCUACGCACAUCGGCUGUCUUGGCUUCUUCGCUACACACUACGGUACACUUAUUGAUUCGUUCAGAAUCCAUCCCGAAGUAAGACCCCAGCGUAUGGGUAUUAUUGUCGACCAGGUGAGUCGGGAGGUCACCUUCUUGUAUCAACUAGAAGACGGCGAGAGCGAAGGGUCAUUUGGCAUGAACGUCGCACUCAUGUGUGGUGUGAGCCGCGCAAUUGUUGACACGGCUGAGGAGGCUGCGCGUAACUACGAAGUCACUCAAAGACUCCGUAAGGUCGGCUUCCAGGGAGUUCCCCUUGGUUUGCAAAGCGACGCUAUUUGGUCACUGGACCACACACCUAGUCCUCGGGCGGUCUCCGCUAUGGAAUCAAUGUCCUUAGCACUGUAA